CAUUCUUUUCUUAACUUUUUUUUUUUGAACAACUUCUUUUCUUAACUAAUGCCUCAUUUUUUCUGAGUCUCCCAAGUGUUACGCGUGACGCAAACCUUGAGGUGAUUUCCUUUCUCUUUCCACUACUUUCACUUGCUUAUGUAGCAAGUCUUUUAUGGGCAUUUCUGUCUUUGUUCACCCAGUCUCGUUCCUCUAUAAGUUCCAAAACAACACAAGUCACAUAAUAAACAAACAAACUAAAACUCCAAUCCUAGAAAAACACACACAAACCCUAGAAGCUAUAUCAGUGGAUUCAAUUUAGCAUAACAAUCAACCAUGGUUGCAAGAAGUGAGAAUCUUGAUCAGACAGUGGAAGACACGGAGGCUACCUGUUUGAUGCUGUUAUCGAGAGUAGGUGAAUGCGGCCGAGAAAGAGGAGAGACUCGCGUUUUCAGAUGCAAGACUUGUAUGAAAGAGUUCUCAUCGUUCCAAGCUUUAGGAGGCCAUCGGGCAAGCCACAAGAAGCCAGUUAACAACAGCAGUGACGAACAGUCGUCAUCACUUUCUUCAGGAUCCGUCACUAAGAAGACCAAAAAGCCGUUGUCGCAUACUUGUCCGAUAUGUGGCUUGGAGUUUCCGAUGGGACAAGCUCUUGGGGGUCACAUGAGGAAGCAUAGGAACGAGAAAGAAAGAGGCGCGUUGGUUACACGCUCUUUUUUGCCGGAGGCGAAGUUUACGACUUUGAAGAAAUCGAGCAGUGGGAAAAGAGUGGCGUGUUUUGGUAUGGGAUUGGAUCCGAUGGAGAGAGUGAUCAACUUGAAGUUGGAGUUGGGAAGAACAAUCUAUUGAUCUACUACUGUAGUUCUUGUUAGUUGUAUUUUUGGUUAUACAGGUUAUAGUAGCAUCUUGCAUAGAGUCUUAUAUGACUUUAUAUUCUUAUCUUACCGAUCGAUGUGAACAUAUAUUUUGAUUUUACUAUCCAAUAUUUCUUUUCUUAUCGGCUCA